GAGAGAGAGAUGGAACUGGAACAGAUACGCAAAGUGGCUCUAGCUUAUUAUCAGGGGAGUUCAGAUGAGACUAAACAGCAUGCAGAGAAGCUUUUCAAAAAAAUGGAUGCAGACGGAGAUGGAAAAGUGAGUUUUAAUGAAUUCAGCGAUUUUUUCAUGAAAAGCAAAGGGCUCACAGUCCCUAAGCUCUGCUUCGAGGAACUAGACAAGGACGGAAACGGCUUCAUGGACUUGGAGGAAUCCAUCGUUCUGUUCUACAUCAUUCAGACCAGAAGAAUUUCUUGUGAUGGAUGCGGUUCGUUGAUAAAGGGUAUGUAUUUCACAUGCGUGCAAUGCUUCUUCAACACUAAAACUGCUGUCAACUACAAUCUCUGUUGCGACUGUCACCGUUCUGGAAAAUCUGCAGCUGGCUGUGAGCACAAUACCCUCGUCGACAAUUAUGCGCUGCUCCAAGACAUAAAAGCUACACUUAACAUGGAAAAGGCGGACAAAUCGGAGGAAUUGCUUGGGGAAAAUAUUGGUGAAGAACUAAUAGACAGAGCUUGGGAUAUCUUUGGGGAAGAUAUUGGGAUAUUAGAUGCGGCUGGCGAAGCAGUGGAAGCAGGAAAUGCUGCUGGAGAAAUUUUGCUUAACGCAAUUGAUGUGGCCACGAAUUGUAGCAUCAUGUGAUGCCCUGUUGGCCGGUGGCUAAUUAUUUGAAUGAAGUAGUUCUGUGGUGCUUUUGUGUUUA